AUGCCUUCGGAAAAUCUGUCUCCUUCGGAGGAGUAUGAUCUUCUUGUGGAUCGGAACGUUGGCCUGGGACAACUAUUCGAACAUCAAGUUCGACAGUCCCCCAAUUCCGUGGCCGUGACCGACGGACACAUCAAUCUUACCUACCAAGAAUUGCAUUUGCAGGCCAUUCAUCUUGCUGAUCAACUUCACCAGCUGGGGGUUCAAAGGGAAGAGCCAGUUGGUAUAAUUGUUCAGCAUGGCGUCGCAGACAUUAUCACUCAGUUAGCGACCAUCUAUGCAGGAGCCAGCUGUGCUCCCAUGGAUCCCACCUUGCCUGACAUCCAAAUAAUGACACGCCUUGACAAUUCUGGGACUCGCUUUGUCCUCGUGGAUGAGUUAAACGUCAAGCCGGAGCUGUCCUACAUCCAAAUCAACAUCGAUGAUUUCCCGCUCUGGGCAGCCAAAGAUCCAUGGGCUGCCGAAUACAUCUGGGCAGCCGACCCUGAAGUGCCUGUCCUCACAACCUUGGAACAUCGAACGCACUUGAUCCACACAUCGGGGACUACCAGUGAGCCAAAAGCAGUACAGAUCGCUGCUCGAUCGAUUUUGCAAGUGGUCUACCACGCACCAUUUGAGCCCGUGGAUUCCACCGACACAGUUGCGCAUAUCAACAACACAAGUUUCGAUGUUUCACUGUUUGACAUAUGGGCUCCCUUACUUCGCGGAGCCCGAAUUGCAGUACUGAGCAAGGUCAUUUUGCUCGAUUUGCCUGCUAUGUCCGCGGCAAUCGAGAAAAUGGGAAUCACAGUUAUGGCAACGACAACAGCGCUUUUGAAUCUUGCCGCAGCAACUCAACCCGACGCUUUUUCAAGAUUGAAAAUAUGCUUUAUUGGCGGAGAAGCAGCCAACGUCACUGCUAUUCAAACGAUCUUCAAGCAUGGGCCUCCGCAGCAGCUUAUCAACGCGUAUGGUCCAACCGAGACGUGUAUUUUCUGCCUUGCACAUCAGAUCACAGAUGGCGAUAUGCAAAUAGGUAGUGUCAGUAUCGGCAAACCAAUUGGCAACACGAUUGCUUAUAUCUGCGACGAGUCUGGGAAGCCGGUUGUGGAUGGCGCGGAGGGCGAGCUAUUGAUAGGCGGUGCUGGCGUAUCUCCUGGAUAUGUGAAUCAUCCCGAAAAGAAUGUGUCCUCCUUUGUCACUUUGCAGACAGAAAAAGGGAGCCUGCGAUUGUAUCGUACAGGGGACAGGGUCAGAAUGCGACCAGAUGGUCAAAUUGACUAUGUUGGACGUCAAGAUCACCAAGUGAAAGUGCGUGGCUACCGUAUCGAGCUUGAAGCCGUUGAGAUGGCCAUGUUACAAACCGGUCAUUUCACCGAAGCCGUUGCAUUGAAGGUAGAGGCCAGCCAGGGUGCAGGCUCGAUAUUGGUUGCUUUCGCUGUGCUGGCCUCGUCAAAAGAGCCUUACGCAGUAACCACGGCAAUCAACUCUUUAAAGACUAUGCUCCCAGAUUACAUGGUGCCUCAAAUAGAGUUGAUUCCUCAAAUGCCCCUCAACAGCCAUACAAAGGUAGACCGAAAGCUUCUCACUCGGCUAUAUUGUGAUCGGUGGAACCAUUUCAGGAGCAACAGUCUGACUGGUAACACCCAGGAGAAACUGGCUUCGCUCUGGACAGAUAUUCUAGGUCUUCAGUCGCUUCCCGGAAAAGACAAAGCCGACUUCUUCCAUCUUGGAGCCACUUCUUUGCAGGCAUCUCUCCUUAUCAGUCAAAUUCGAAAGACCUUCAACGCUGAUAUCUCACUUCUCACUCUUUAUGAUCAUCCCAAAAUCGAUGAACUAGCAGCGACCAUCGAAAAUUCCCGCGAGCACUCUUUGGGUACAACUCGAAACGAGCAAGCGUUAUGGAUCCAGGAUACAAAGAUCGCUGAUGAUCUUGUUUCCCCUUCGGCUCCAGUAAUCGACUGGCGCCGGGACACUGAGGGGCGCGUCUUUCUGACAGGUGCAACUGGCUUUGUUGGUUCAUUCAUGCUCGCUGAUCUGCUCAAGAUGCGAGAAGUGCAUCAAGUGGGGUGUUUAGUGCGUGCAGAAAGUCCACAAGUGGGCUUGAACCGUAUUAAGCUGGCCAUGGCAAAGUAUGGCCUGUGGGAAGAGCGAUUCUCGGACAAGAUACUGAUUCUUUGUGGAUCUCUCGAAGAUAUCUACCUGGGAUUGGGCUAUGAGCGCUUCCAUGAAAUCGCCAGUUGGUCAAGCAUCAUCUUUCACCUAGGGGCAAGAGUCAAUUACACACAGCCAUAUUCACUCCACCGCCCCGCUAAUGUGAUUGGUACAAGAAAUAUCGUGCGUCUUGCAACUGCUGGUAGUCGGACCAAGGCAGUGCACUAUGUCUCUAGUAUCUCCUGUUUUGGUCCCACGGGCUUCGUGACCGGGACGGUUCGAAUUGCCGAAGAUGAGCCACUAUUGAAACAUAUCGAAGCCCUCCCUUUCGACCAUGGCUAUGCACAGUCCCAAUGGGUAGCUGAAGCAAUGCUGCGACGGCUUGUUGAUUGCGGAUUUCCAAUCGCCAUUUAUCGACCUGGAUUCAUUACAGGUCACAGUCAAACCGGGGCUUGCAACCCUGACGACUUCUUUAGUCGUUUGAUCCUUUCUUGCGCUGAGAUACGGUCUUACCCUCUUCUCCCUAACCAACGCAAAGAGUUUGUUCCAGUCGACUACGUCAAUGCUGCUAUCCUGCACAUCGCAUCUUCUCCCGACUCUUUGGGGCAUGCUUAUCAUAUAGUCCCCCCAGCGCAAUCUGUUUCGAUUGAUAUGAAUGAUGUCAUGGACCUGAUGGGAUCUCUCUUGGAUACACCUCUCACAGGGCUACCAUACCAGAAGUGGAUUGAUGUCUUGGCGAAGGAAUCACCUUCGAGGCUGCAACCACUUCAGCCAAUGCUUGCUGAAAAGGUUCACGAAGGUCUGACCCGAUGGGAGCUCUACGAAAAUAUGCCAUUGUAUGACACUACCAAUACAGCCCGCGCAUUGCAAAGUCUACCAAGGGGGCUUAAAUUCCCACUAUUCGAUCGUGAAUUAAUGUUGAAGUACUAUACUUAUCUCUUGAGUUCUUAA